AUGAUUGGGAAGGGAUGCAACCUUGAUGAGUACCAUCGUGCUUGGGUGAUAAUAUGGGGUAUGGAAGCUUCACCUAAGGUCCGCCACUUUUUCUGGCGCUUCUGCUCAAAUAUUCUGCCAACAAAGGCCCUGCUGAAGCAUCGUCACCUACUGGAAGAUGCCUCUUGCCCAUGGUGUGGGAACGAAGAGGAGACGAGCAAUCAUGCUAUCUUUGACUGUAUUAGAGUUAAAGAUCUGUGGGAGGAAAGUGGGUGUUCGAGCUUAAUUUGUGACAGUAGAGGCAGUGCCUGCGACAUGGUAGAGAGAUGGAGGAGUCAGGAUGCAAAAAAGAUGCAAACUGCAGCCUUCCUCGCGUGGCUGAUUUGGAAUGAGCGCAACAAUUAUGUGUUCUCUGGGAACACAACUCCCCACAAUGUCUUGAUGAGGCGUUUGAGGAGGCUGGUGGAAGAUUAUGGAGCGUAUGCAAAGAAGAUCUACGGAAUUGCGAGACCAGCAGCAAAGCACAGCCCAUCUAAGUGGCUUCCUCCGUCAAAUUCAGUGAUAAAGUUAAAUGCAGAUGCAAGUUUGGUGGAUUAA